GAGCUGGGCUGAGUGAGCCUACGACUCGGUCCUGCAGCGCCUCUAGGCUGCGGAUCCGCGCUCCAACCUGCUCUGCGCUGCGUCCUGGGAAACCCGGAGAAGAGAGGAGGGAGGGAGAGAGGGAGGGAGGAGGCGGAGGGAGGAGAAGAGAGGCAGUUUACACACGCCUUCCAGUUCCUCCACUCAGAGCAGCCCCGAGUGCUGCUGCCGCCGCUGCUGUCCCUGACGCUGCUAUCACUGCCACCGCUGCUGCCACCUGAGGAGACCAGACCGCCUGGACCCGCCGCUCCCUGUUGCCAUCCCCGACGAUUCCUUCCUAGCACCGGGCUUUUUAUGCACACUGCCACUACCACUAUUAUUAUUAUUAUUAUUAUUCCAAGAGAAGGGAAAUAACAGACCAGCCGAAAAGAACCACGUACACCUUUCUGAAUUGCUCAAGGGUCUCCCGGGAAGAGCGGGUCGCCGGUCCCGGGAGGAGCAGCCAAGGGUGCCAAGGGCGAGUGCUGAAAAGGGAGGGAGGAGGAGUUGGGGUCCUGCGUGGUGGAAAGUUACGCGCGGCGGAGACCAGAAGGUGCAGCGCCACAGCCCAGGGGGCGGUGGUGUGUCUGGAAGAAGCCGCUGCCCCCUGCAUCCCGAACCGCGAGCGCGCGGGCAGCGCGGGGCCGGGAACGACGCCCCCCUCCUGCGGCGCGGACUCUCGGUGGCCCCGGAGGAGGAGGAAUAUGGCAUCGAAGGCGGCUCCUUCCUGCCGUCUGGUCUUCUGUCUCUUGAUCUCCGCGGCUGUCCUCAGGCCAGGCCUUGGAUUGUAUACUGUAAAUUCAGCAUAUGGCGAUACCAUUAUCAUGCCUUGCCGACUCGAUGUACCUCAGAAUCUCAUGUUUGGCAAAUGGAAAUAUGAAAAACCUGACGGCUCCCCCGUAUUUAUUGCCUUCCGGUCCUCUACAAAGAAAAGCGUUCAUUAUGAUGAUGUACCAGAAUACAAAGACAGAUUGAGCCUCUCAGAAAACUACACCUUGUCUAUCAGUAAUGCCAGGAUCAGUGAUGAAAAGAGAUUUGUGUGCAUGCUCGUGACUGAGGACAACGUGUUUGAGGCACCUACAAUAGUCAAGGUGUUCAAGGAACCAUCUAAACCUGAAAUUGUAAGCAAAGCACCAUUUCUUGAAACACAGCAGCUAAAAAAGUUGGGUGAUUGCAUUUCAAAAGACAGUUAUCCAGAUGGCAACAUCACGUGGUACCGGGCUGGAAAGGUGUUACAACCUCUUGAAGGAGUGGUGGUCAUAACUUUUACAAAGCAAAUGGACCCAGUAACUCAGCUCUACACCAUGACUUCAUCCCUGGAGUACAAGACAACCAAGGCUGACAUACAAAUGCCGUUCGCCUGCUCUGUAACAUAUUAUGGACCAUCUGGCCAGAAAACAGUUCAUUCUGAGCAAACAGUCUUUGAUAUUUAUUAUCCUACAGAGCAGGUGACAAUACAAGUGCUGCCACCAAAAAAUGCCAUCAAAGAAGGGGACAACAUGACUCUUAAAUGCUUGGGAAAUGGUAACCCUCCCCCUGAGGAGUUUUUGUUUUACUUACCAGGACAGCUUGAAGGAAUAAGAAGCUCAAAUACUUACACACUGACAGAUGUGAGGCGCAAUGCAACAGGAGACUAUAAAUGCUCCCUGACAGACCAAAAAAGCAUGAUUGCUUCAACAGCCAUCACAGUUCACUAUUUGGAUUUGUCCUUAAAUCCAAGUGGGGAAGUGACCAAGCAGAUUGGCGAUGCCCUGCCUGUGUCGUGCACAAUAUCUGCUAGUAGGAACGCAACUGUGGUGUGGAUGAAAGAUAACACCAGGCUUAAAGCUAGCCCAUCAUUUUCUAGUCUCCACUAUCAGGAUGCUGGCAACUAUGUUUGCGAAACUUCUCUGCAAGAAGUAGAAGGACUAAAGAAAAGAGAGUCAUUGACGCUCAUUGUAGAAGGAAAACCUCAAAUCAAAAUGACAAAGAAAACUGAUCCCAGUGGAUUAUCUAAAACCAUAAUCUGCCAUGUGGAAGGAUUUCCGAAGCCAGCUAUACAGUGGACAAUUACUGGGAGUGGAAGUGUCAUAAAUCAAACAGAGGAAUCUCCUUAUAUCAAUGGCAGGUAUUAUAGUAAAAUUAUCAUUUCCCCUGAAGAGAAUGUUACAUUAACUUGCACAGCAGAAAACCAGCUGGAGAGAACAGUAAACUCCUUGAAUGUCUCUGCUAUAAGUAUUCCAGAACACGAUGAGACAGACGAGAUAAGUGAUGAAAACAGAGAAAAGGUGAAUGACCAGGCAAAGCUGAUUGUGGGAAUCGUGGUCGGUCUCCUCCUUGCUGCCCUCGUCGCUGGUGUGGUCUACUGGCUGUACAUGAAGAAAUCAAAGACUGCAUCAAAACAUGUAAACAAGGACCUUGGUAAUCUGGAAGAAAAUAAAAAGUUAGAAGAAAACAAUCACAAAACAGAAGCCUAAGAGAGAAACUGUUCUAGUUAUUGUCCAG